AUGGACCCCCGUUACAGUGCCCAAGACAUCCUCCUCUGUGACCUGUGUCAAAAAGCAGCAUUACAGAGUCGGUGUGAAUUUUGUCAAAUUAAUCUGUGUACGACCUGUGUAGGGAUCCAUCUUAUUUCUGAUUCAUCUCAGAGACACAAGGUCGUACUCUACAAGCACAGAAAAUCUGCUUCUUUUAGCUAUCCGAAAUGUCCAAGCCAUACCCAGGAACUCUGUGAACUUUACUGUGAGAAAUGUGACAUUCCUGUCUGUUCUAUCUGCAUCUCCUCUGACGAUCAUCAGAUGCAUAAAUUUACAGAUAUUUUGAAAAAAUUGAGUUCUAAAACAAAGGAUUUAGCAAAAGACCUCGAAGAACUAGAAAAAAAAAUCUAUCCUGCAUACGAAGAAAUAACAUUAGAUUUAAAGUCUGAAAGAGUUAACUCUGAGAAACAUUAUGAGAAUCUGAAAACAGCUGUCACAAAACAAGGAGAAGACUGGCAUAGUGAAAUCAACAUCAUUAAAAUAUUGGACUCCAAUGAUGUCUCCGUAACCUCUGUAUAUAAAUCCAGGAAUGCUGAAUUCAGAAGAUUACCUCCUAAAGUCAAUGUUUCAUUACCAAGUUUCUCUCCUCAUCAGAUCAACACAGAGCAAUUCCAUCAAAUGUUUGGUUCUAUAACAACAGAAGAACGGGAUGGACUGAGCAAAAACUAUAUACCCCCGAAUCUUCAAUUAUGGAAUAUAGAAAAAGUGGUCAAAGAUCCUUUGUGGCAGUAUGAACAGAAAAUACAGUCAUCCGCGAAAUGGAUGGAUGAGAAAACGGUCACUAAAUGCCUGGGCUGUAAACAAGAGUUCACGUUCAUGCACCACUGUAGAUUGUGUGGGGGAGUCUUCUGUAAUAACUGUAGUAACAAUUAUGUGGAAUCCACCUAUAGCAGCAGGAAGUCGCGAGCCUGUAACCUGUGUUACCAGAAGUACACCAAGUCUGAUGCUCUGAGUUCCUCGAUGAUCAGCCGACAACAGGAUGAUGAGGGACUGGAGGACUCUAGUGAGCUGUUGGAUGGAAAUGAAGUUUUGUCUAAGGAUGAGAUUUUCCACCUGGUGAGUGAUGAGAAAGUGGCAAGAUCUCAGAGCUUCUCCUCCUCGGAGUUCCAGUACCAGGACCCAGAUCCCAAUGUCACAACUGGCAUAACCAUAAAGGCAGAAAAGCUAGAGAAAGGGGAAGUGAACAACUCCAGUGAAUUCUGGGUAAAGGCUUGUAAAAGUCACGCCAUACCUGUAGUGAUUGACAAGCAGAAUACUGUACUAUGCUGGGAAUUUAGAUGCCAUCCCAAGGAUGUGAUAUUUAGUGUAACCUACAUGGAGUUUGAUAGACCGGACCCUGCCGUCACUCAUUGCCUGGUACCAGCUUGUAAGUGUGACUCACACGAACAGGCCGUCCGUGGAGAACUGACAGCCAAACAGACGGGGAUCUACGUACUGCUCUUUGAUAAUACAUACUCAAGGAUAACCGCCAAAAGAAUAUGUUACUCUUUGUGGACAAGGUAUCUUGGAGAUUGA